CAAGGACAGUCAUGUCGGGAGGGAGGAAAAGAAUAGCGUUAACUCUCUCCUGUCUUUCUUUUCCUUCAUCUCUCUCUCACUCUUUUCUCUCCUCCCUUGUUCUCAUUCAUCAUUCUUGUUUCACUCCCUCUCUCUUUUCCUCCCGAUCGCUCUCUCUCUCCCUCCCUUACUUGUUCUCUCAUGAAUGUCACCUUUACUGGUGGUAGCCGCUGGAUUUGCGCACACACUCGCUGGCUUUGGGGUGGAGGGGGGGUAAUGUAGGGCUGUGGGUAGAGAUAGCGUGUGCCAGAAGAGGCAGACGGGAAAUUUCUCUGAGUCCAUUCUUCUUUUUGCCAGCUCUCGUUGUGCGACUCAAGGCUUUGUCCGUCCCAGCAGCCGAAGCAGAAGUGCCUUUGGACGUCGGAGCGGUGGAUUACCAGUCUAAAUGAUUAUUUUUCAACACGAGUAAAGUUAGCCACAGGGACUGUAGGCUGACCAUCUGCCUGGAUCUGUUCCUGAUCUGAAUAAUCCUGCUAGCGGUGAGGAACGAACUUUCUGGUCAGGACCAGCAAGGAAGCUCUACGUUUUUCUCCGAAACAGCGUGCUAAACUUCAGCUUUGUCAAUGUUGUCGUCUUCACGAGAAAAGACAUAAGGGGAGGGGAAGUGAGUGGAGCAGAGGGGGGGCAAAUAUGUCGGCGAUGUCGCAACGAUGACUUCGUCAGCCUCUUUCCGUGUCUUUUUGGGGAAAUGUGACGGGGUCGAUUUACGAUUUGCGGAUUCGUUUCACUGUCGACAUGCAUUUUGCGAAACAAACAUAAUGAAGGACAAACCAUGGACAGGUUGUGAGUGGACCAGAACUUAACAUCUUUCCGUUUUGGAUUGGGACACACAGAGACAAGUGAGGAACCUACACUCAUUCUCAGUCGCCAGUCAAGGUUUGACCCUUGACUUUUUUAUCUUUGUGCUGCAAGAAAAGGUAAAAAGUGCGUCAAGAGAGGGUCUCCUAAGCAGACAGCGACCCCCCUCCCAAAGGUGAGAGGGGGGGGGAGAAGAUGGCAGCUCUUGCCAGUUCUCUCAUCAGACAAAAACGGGCAGUCAAGGACGACCAGGCCAACCGACCGAUAGCGAACAAACGCAAGCCGUGCCCCAAGAGCAACAAGUCUCUUUGCCAGAAACAAAUUCUCGUUCUUAUAUCAAAAGUACGGCUAUGUGGCGGUCACAGAGGAAGAACAGACAAAAGACCGGAGCCGCAGCUGAAAGGCAUCGUCACCCGUCUGUACAGUCAGCACGGCUAUUACCUGCAGAUGCUGCCGGAUGGCACCAUGGACGGCAUAAGGGACGAGAACAGCUGCUUCUCACAGUUCAACUUGAUUCCUGUGGGUCUUCGGAUAGUGGCGAUCCAGGGAGCGAAGACUGGCUUCUACCUCGGUAUGAACAGCGAUGGGUACCUCUACACCUCCGAGAACUUUAACCCCGAGUGUAAAUUCAAAGAGAGCGUGUUUGAGAAUUACUACGUGACGUACUCCUCCAUGCUGUACCGCCAAAGCCAGUCGGGACGGUCGUGGUAUAUUGGCAUCAACCGGGAUGGCCAAGUGAUGAAGGGCAACCGCGUGAAGAAGACCAAAGCGGCCGCACACUUCCUACCUAAAGUCAUCGAAGUGGCCAUGUACAAGGAACCUUCGCUGCAUGAGCUUGUUGCCGAGCAGAGUCCUCCGCGCAAAACCGUAAAGACUUCAGACUCCCCCUCCCAGAACGGCAGGAAAGACGCCCCCAGAGCCGAUGCUUCAUAGCACGGGGGCCACAUACAGGGAGGGUGAUGGACUACAAUGAUAUUGAACUCUACUUCCCAUGAUGCAACGGGGCAGGAAGAGCUGUAUGAGUGGGGCAAAAUCAGCUCUCUACAGGGCGAGGGGACACCUAUCUUUCUUUGACGAACCAGACACCUGUUACUCCCCUGCAAAAUCAUGUUCCCCUUACAGGCCCCCUGCCUAUAGCUGUAAAGGCAAAUACAAGAAUUAUCCAUUUGGGGUUUCCACUAAAUAUUGACUUUCUUUCCCUGUGGUUUCCUUUGUUUAGAUGAAGUGUUUGGUGAGACUGAGCGUGAAAGCGAGAGAGAGAGAGAUAUUAUUUUGAACAUCGUAAUUUCUAUUCGACAUAUGAGACCCUUGCUGGUUCAUUUUUCCCCUGCCAUUAGGUUACGAACAUCUGUGCCAGUCGGAGCCUUAAACAAAAGGAGGGAAAUAUUCUUGUUUAUUGCACCCUUCAAGUAGGAUCCAUUUCUAUUGGUCAGCAGGUGUAGAUAACAUUUUACAUUACUUUUGUGCACUUGGCAGUGCAUUCUGCAUUCAAAUUUAACAUUUAAUCAGUACACCGUCAGUAAAGGUGGUAUAUGUACCCUAGCUGUCACUGGGGCAGUACCCUUUCAAAAAGUACACCUUUGUACCUAACGAUUUUAGUACCUCAGAGGUACAUAUUGCUACCAAAUGUAUACAUAUUAGGUACUGCCCAAUUGACAGCUGGGGUUUAUAUUUUGGACCGUAUGCUAUCGAACCCAUGACAUCAGCGUUGCUAAUGCAAUGCCGCAACCAGUGGACCCAAUGGUAUCAGGAAAAAUCCGUAAUGUAGGAUCAAACAAAUAUUUCACUUGAAUCCAAUCUCACUCUAUAAACAAAAACAGCCAUUACAUGAAACCAAAUGCAGUAAAUUUACUUUCCCUAUUCUAAACAACAGCAGACUUAAUGAUCAUGACAGCGAUAAUGAGUUAAGAGUGAAUUCACAACCCCAAGCAUCUGUCUUUGGCUUGAACACAGCAUUCACCUGCAGGCAAAACAAAAGCCUCUUGUGACAACUCUAUUCAUGUUUAAUGGCCAAUGGGAUUCAGCCGUAUCAUUGGCAGUCGAGCUGUUUGAUGGAUCUUUGAUGGAAUUCUUACAGGAAUCCAGCCAUGAUUGCUUGAAUUAUUUACUUCUGUUCCCGCGAACGUUCGGCUCGUUCAACCAGCGCGGACAAGAGAUUUUAAUGUGCACAUUUAAAUUGAGGAGAGCCGAUCAAGUGUUUGAAAGCUUUAGUAUGUGUCUUGGAGUGUGAAAAGGACAGAAUGACGUGAAAUUAACAUUUGCUUCUGUUAUUUAUUUAUUUGUGUGUGUUUGUGUGGUGUGGGCACACGUGUGUAAACACUUGGCUCGCAGACACAGUUGAUCAUUUUAAUGGUUGAGUCAAGUCUGGGCAUUUUAAUCUGCUCUUUGUGAUUCCACAGGCAUCUUUCCUGCUGCAAAAACCAGCAUCGGUUUCCAUUUUAUCCAUUUAUGCUGCUUAAAAACACACAGGCAUCUUAUUCUGUUUUUUUUUACACACAUACCCAUGCCUAAAUCGUUUAAUGGAUGUUUGUCCAUCUUUUCUGUCCCUAAGAAGGAAGAAAGGACUCUUGUCCUGCUUUGGUAUUGCAGCAAGCACUGUGGUGUGUGUGGUGUGAUCUGAUUGGCUGCAGCUAUUGUCAGUCAAGGUAAAUGGCAAGACAACAGCGCAGAGACAUAGAGGGCGUGUGAGCUUCAUGUGUACGUGUUUGUGUGGCAUAGUCACCUUGAUGUCCUUGAGCUAUGGCCUGAUUAUCUGUUCUGGACACCCAGACAGCAAAAAAAGGGAUAUAUUUAGGGAUGUGCAACAGAAAAUCGGAAGAACGUUAAGGGAAUGUUAAUGGGGGUUUGUGCAUGUUGCAGAAUGUUUUCAGCAUGUAGAGAAAUGGUGUGCGUAUGUCGCCAAAUGUCUCAAUAAGGUGUUAAUAGAAAUUUAAAACAGGGAAUACUUGUGUGUAGCAGACAUAACCGGAUUAAAAUGUUUGGUGUGAUGAGUAUUGGCACGUGGGUCUCCAUGAAAGUUGUAAGUAGAACGUUGAAGGUAAGAGUAUGUAGCGAAAGUAACUGGAUAAAGAUGUUUUUGAGACGUAAAGUUUCUUCAGGAAUGUUUGAGGGUUAAUCCUCAGAGGAAAAUCUGUGAUUGAACUUAAAGGACAAGUUCGGUAUUGUACACUUA